AUGGCGGAGAAAAGGAUUGUCGUUGUUGGAGCUGGUGUAGCAGGAUUGACAACAGCGCUGCUGCUCUCGAAGAAUCCAUCAUACAAAAUCACUGUUGCAGCCAAAUAUAUGCCAGGAGAUUACCACAUUGAAUACGCUUCGCCAUGGGCGGGUGCCAAUUAUAUGCCGUUGGUCACACCAAACACCUACUAUAAAUCCAAGAAGGGUCUGCUAAAGCAAUCUUAG